CCGGAGCUGCGAAGCUGCGAAGCUGGGAUCGCCCGCUGCAGUAGCACGGUCGGAUCUUCGUCCGCUGCUGCUGUGCGCGUCGCCGUCCGAGCUCCGCCGCGGAGGCUUUGCAGCCCGCAGCCUGUAGCCCACCGUCCGCGCCUUCAGGUCCCCGCCGCCCGUUCAGGGCGCUCUAGGCCGCACUAUGGUGAAGGUGACGUUCAACUCGGCUCUGGCCCAGAAGGAGGCCAAGAAGGACGAGCUCAAGAGCGGCGAGGAGGCGCUCAUCAUCCCCCCCGAUGCCGUGGCGGUGGACUGCAAGGACCCGGAUGACAUUGUCCCUGUGGGACAGAGAAGAGCCUGGUGCUGGUGCAUGUGCUUUGGGCUCGCAUUCAUGCUUGCAGGUGUCAUUCUGGGAGGUGCAUACCUGUACAAAUACUUUGCACUUCAACCAGAUGACGUGUACUACUGUGGAAUAAAGUACAUCAAGGAUGAUGUCAACUUAAAUGAGCCAUCUGCUGCUGCCCCCGCUGCUCGCUAUCAGACCAUUGAGGAAAACAUUAAGAUCUUUGAAGAAGAUGAGGUUGAAUUCAUCAGUGUGCCUGUGCCAGAGUUUGCAGAUAGUGAUCCUGCCAACAUUGUUCAUGAUUUUAACAAGAGACUCACUGCCUAUCUAGAUCUUAACCUGGACAAGUGCUACGUGAUUCCUUUGAACACUUCCAUUGUUAUGCCACCCAGAAACCUGCUGGAGUUACUUAUUAACAUCAAGGCUGGAACCUAUCUGCCUCAGUCCUAUCUGAUUCAUGAGCACAUGGUUAUUACUGAUCGCAUUGAAAACAUCGAUCACCUGGGCUUCUUUAUUUAUCGACUUUGCCAUGACAAGGAAACUUACAAACUGCAACGCAGAGAAACUAUUAAAGGUAUUCAGAAACGAGAAGUCAGUGAUUGUGUCACAAUUCGGCAUUUUGAAAACAAAUUUGCCGUGGAAACUUUAAUUUGCUCUUGAACAAUCAAGAAAGACACAGAGAAAAGUUUAAUAUCACAGCCUAACCCCACCCUUUGUAUUUCGUGCAGUGAUUUUUUUUUAAAUCUUCUUUCAUGUAAGUAGUAAACAGGGCUUCACUGUCUUUUCAUCUCAAUAAUUGAAUUAAAACUAUUACCUUAAAAACAUUCUUUCUUCUUUCUAAGUGUGGUGUCUUUUAUAUAUGAUUUAGUAAAUGUAUGAGGUCAUAGAUAUAUAGAUAUGUACUUUAUCUUAGAUAAAGUACACUUUACCAUAGAGCUUAGGCAUUAGUAAGAAUUACAAUUACUUUAAAUCAAUUAUCUGGGUUUUUAUGUUUCCAUUAUGCAUUUUCAGGAGAGGGGUUAUCAAGAAUACUCAUAUAUAUGCAUACAUUAAAGUGGACCACAGUGACUUAACUUGUUGUUAGUUGCCCUGCUACCUAGUUUUAGAGCAUUUGAGCACACAUUUUAGUUUUUCUUUAACUGAAUCAGCAGUAUUUUUAAUGUUGCAUUUAACUAUUAAAAGUAUGAUUUCUACCUUGAUGUUUUAAUAUAAUAGGCAUCUGCUGUAAUGAUAUUUUAGAAAAUGUUUGCAAUUUAAGAAAUAACUUGUGUUACUAAUUUGUAUAACCCAAACCUGUGCAAUAGAAUAUAAAUAUCACAAAGUUGUUUGACCACUGUGUGUUGUUUUUCCCAUAUAAUAAAACCAAAGAAUAAUUUGGUUCUUCCUAUCUUAAGAUAACCCAUUUGACAAAAGAAAGUAUUUUUUAAAAAUCAAGUUCUCUAUAAACAAUGGGUAAAAAUCAUAGAUUGUUUUAAAUAAAAAUAAGCCAUUACUUAACCAAACCAUAUUUCUUUGUGGAUACUAUUAAAGUAACAUUUAAGACUCAA